AUGACUGCGAAGCGGAUCACUUCCUGGAACCACAUGAAUAUCUCACAAUCAGCAAAAGUGAUAAUCAUUAACUCUAUACUCAUCGGCGCUCUCAUGCACUAUCUUGCGAUGUUUAGAAUUCCAUCCACCAUUGUUAGUAAAUUGGAUCGCAUGAUAGCGGUUUUCUUCUGGAAGGACAAUCAGGGAAAAGGAUUACAUUGGAAGAAGCACGCGCUCAUUCAGACACCACGGGGACAAGGGGGUUUGGGGAUCCGAAAUAUAGGUAUUUUUAACUCAGCAUUACUUAUGAAAAAGGCUUGGCGUGUUAAUCAAAAUCCACAUCUUUUACUAUCAAGAGUAUACCAUCGUAACAACAGUCCGGGACACUCCCUUCUACGACGUUUUCGGCAAUCUUCCUGGGGGCGGAACAAAAUUGUUAUGGCUGCUGACCUGCUAGAGCAUCAUAACUGCUGGAAAGUAGGGAAUGGACGCAAUAUUGGAGUUUCUUCUCAUCGCUGGAUGAAUGGAAAACAACCUACUUUCAGAGAUCACGCACCGCUUUAUGAAGCGCGUUAUCUAAAAGUGGCCGAUUUAAUUCAGGACAAUCAACGAGGAUGGAAUCUUCGCAAAAUUAACAGACUUUUCGAACUUUCAUCGGCUCGUCAAAUUAAAAGUAUUGAAUUACCAUCUUCUCCGGAUAGUAACGAUGAUCAAUUUUGGCCAUAUAGUAAAUCUGGGUAA